AGACACGUUAGAAGUAACUGUACAUGUAAUAUUAGAGAGUGUCAUCAAUAAUUAUAUUGUAAUUGCAAUUUUUUUAUUUUUUUAUUAGUACAGGUUUGAAACCAAUUGUAUGCAUAGGCAACCAACAAUACAUUGUGUGCGAGUUUGGAGCUUGUCCGCUAGGUACCGCAUAAUUUGGCGCCAAAAAUAUACAAUUUUUGUGCAAAAAUCUGUGUAUUGUCGCAAUGGACGAGUUCCCUAAUUCUGAAGAUGAGUUCGAGCUUAUGUACGGUGACGACCUAGAGGUGCUUCAGGAGCAGGGAGACGUUCAAAGGACCCCAAAAAAGUCUCGCCGGAGCCUUGAGUUUACUCCAUCUGAGCCGACUCCAGUUUCCAACAAUGAUAAUUCAUUCAGUCAUGAUUUUACACCACUUGAAGACUCCGUCCCUGAGCCUAACACAAAUAAACGUUCAAUUGAAGAGUUAUUUGGCGACAUUGAUGAUAUUUUGUAUGAAAACCAGACGAAUUCUAAACGAUAUAAAGGUGAUCAUGCGGAUGACUUGGCGCUAAUUGAUCAUAUAGUCGAGUUGCGUAAAUUAAACCGGGAAAGAGACGUGCCAGAAAUUUUCCGCAAAGAAUGCACUCAAAGUAUAGAUAGGACUAAAGACAACUUGUCUUACACCGUCCCGAGUUAUCCUUUUGUGGGGGUAACUCGAGACGAUGGUCGCCGAGUGUACAUCCGCUGUCAUUCUGAACAAUACGAAUUAGAGGACCGGCAGAGAAUUAUCCAAGAAAUCAAUCUAGCAUGCACUUUGGGGCCCAAUGAAGCCCUCUGGGCCGAAGCCCAAGAAUUAAUAUUAAAACAAACUACCCCCGAGCCCGAAGUCUGCUACCAACCCAGUGAUAAAGAACUAUGGGUCGACUUGUACAAACCGCGAAAAUAUUUCGAACUAUUGAGCGACGAGAGCACCAAUCGAAUAAUGUUACGCUGGAUGAAACUCUGGGAUAAAGUCGUUUUUAAGCGACGCCCCAAAAUCAAACCAAACAAACCGCCGGAAAAAAAUCAAAAAUUUCAGAAAGCCCCUGAUCUUUGUACAGAUUUAGACGAACACGGGCGUCCGUUUCACAAAGUCGCUUUAUUGUGUGGUCCCCCAGGUCUCGGCAAGACGACUCUAGCUCACAUGGUGGCCCGGCAUGCCGGUUAUAACGUGGUUGAGAUAAACGCCUCAGAUGACCGGAGUAUUGAGUCUUUUAAGACAGCUUUGGAGAACGCGACUCAAAUGCGAUCGGUUGUCGAUCAAGAAAAGCGCCCCAAUUGUCUGAUUUUUGACGAAAUUGACGGGGCGCCGCCUUCAUCGAUUGAUUUUCUUGUGAAAUUCGUCCAGGGGGGCAACACCGGGAAGAAGAAACAGAAGGAGAAGAAUGUUUUGAAACGGCCGAUUAUUUGUAUUUGUAAUGAUGUUUACGUGCCAGCGUUACGCCCCCUGAGACAGAUUGCGUUUGUUGUCAAUUUUCCGGCCACUUCUAAUACUCGACUUGCCGAGAGGUUAAUGGAAAUUGCCAAGUGGCAAAAGGUCAACACCGACUUGGGGGCCAUGCUAGCCUUGGCCGAGAAGUCGCAAAAUGAUAUUAGGGCUUGUUUGUCCGUUUUACAUUUUUUUAAGUCGCAAAAUAAGGCUGUGACGUUAUCAGAUGUUCACAAGACAAGCGUCGGUCAGAAAGACAUUCAGAAAGGGAUUUUUUCGGUUUGGCAAGAUGUUUUUUUGAUAGGGAAGAAAGACGGAAACAGUUUAAAAGAUCGAAUGUCGAAAAUUUUAAACGUGGUUAAUGCCUUUGGUGACUAUGAAAAGAUCGCCCAAGGCGUUUUCGAAAAUUACCCAAAUAUGAAAUUCAAAAAUUCGAGCAUGAUGGAAACGUGUCUGGCUUUGGAUUGGUUCGGCUUUUGCGAUAUUAUAAACAAAUCAAUUUAUUCGACUCAAAACUACAAUUUGGCGGGUUAUUUACCCUUCGCUUGCGUAGUUUGGCACUUUGCUUUCGGGAGUCGAACAUGGCAAAAGUUGCAGUACCCCAGUGCAGGAUACGAGGCCAAAACCAAACAGAACAGACAGAAAGCGAUCAUCAAUGAAUUGAUACGUGGAAUGCAACCGGCCAUACGAUCCUACGUCCAACCAAUUUCUCUAAUCCUUGAUAUUUUACCCUUACUAACGACGAUUAUUAUGCCGUCGUUUAGACCAAUCGGCUUGCAUUUGUAUACCGAAGAAGAAAAAAAGGCUUUGGAAAGGGUGGUCAGCAUUAUGGUUGAUUAUAAUUUGGGUUAUGUACAAGAGAGGACUGCCGAUGGCAAAUAUGACUACAAAUUGGACCCUAACAUCGACGAGCUGGUCUCUUUCGGCCCCAAAACAUCUCUUUCCUACUUCAACAAACAACUCAUCGCUAAAGAAAUCGAAACAGCAAAAAUGCGUCGUUUUGCAUCAUCCAUUCAAGAUCAACCCCAGCGCUCCUCCAACGCCGCCCCAAUGCCCAACCACCUCCAGACUCUGAAGGCGAAGUCCGUGAGCGGCGUGGAAAUGCCGGCGGUGGUGAGGGACUUUUUCGGCCGCGUUGUAACGAAGGCUUCAUCGUCAUCAGGAAAACCGCAAUCGAAGAACGACGUCUGGUUCAAGUACAAGGAAGGCUACAGCAACGCUGUACGGAAAAAAAUUAAAAUAUCCACUCUCAAGUAAUGUUUUAUUAAAAGUCUAAUUAUACAACCGAACAAAUUAA